CAUUAAUUGACCGGAUGUUACGAAAAAACUACAAACAACCCAAGCUGCUCAACAUUUUCUGGAGCAAAAAAGCAUUUUCUAGAAUAACCAUAUCUGGAAAGCGAUAAUAAAUCAGCUCUGGAACCGUAUCAGACUAUAAAAGAAAACUGGGACGGGAGAAGAGAAAGGUGGGAGAGUUCUAAAAAACCAUGGUGGAAUAUUAUCAAAUCUUAGGAGUUCAAAGAAAUGCUUCUCAAGAAGACAUUAAAAAAGCGUACAGAAAAUUGGCACUAAAAUGGCAUCCAGAUAAAAACCCAGAGAAUAAGGAAGAGGCGGAGAAAAGGUUUAAAGAACUCUCUGAGGCCUAUGAAGUUCUGUCAGAUGCCAACAAGAGGAACAUAUAUGAUCGUUAUGGUAAAGAAGGCUUAACAACAAACAAUGGUGGAGGUGGUGGACAUUACCACAAUGGCGAUCACUUCAGGGAAGGUUUUACCUUCCGCAAUCCAGAAGAUGUCUUCAGGGAGUUCUUUGGGGGUCGAGAUCCUUUUGCUGAUUUUUUUGGAGGGGAUCCUUUUGGGGAGGAGUUCUUUGGUGGGGGGCGGAGGCACCAGAGGGGGGUGAGCAGGAGUCGGACGGGCGGACCCUUCUUCGGGGGAUUCGGGGGCUUCCCACCAUUCGGCGCUGGCUUCACGGCCUUUGACCCAGGUUUUACGUCUUUCGGUCACAUGGGUCACAUGGGUCAAAUGAGUCCUAUCGGCCAUAUGACUCACAUGGGUCACAUGGGUGGAGGUGGCCACGGCGGCUUCACUGCCUUCUCCUCCACCUCUUUUGGUGGCGGGGGCGGGGGCGGAGGAGGUGGGAUGGGUAACUUCCGCUCUGUAUCAACCUCCACAAAGUUCAUCAAUGGCAGGAAAAUCACAACAAAAAGAAUUGUGGAGAAUGGGCAGGAACGGGUAGAGGUGGAAGAAGACGGACAGUUAAGAUCACUAACCAUCAAUGGUAAGGAGCAACCACUGCGACUGGAUAACAAGUAAUCUCCUGGAACAUAGCCAGCACAAACUUGAGCUCAAAGAACAAUGUUACCAUUGUUUGGAUGUAUGUACUUUUGUUUUUCCCCUGUAAGCGUUUGUAGGUCAAAGUGUCCAUUUAGGUAAAUUUUAAAUUUUCUAUGCAUUUUGUUAAUGUAUUUAUGAAUUGGAGCUGUCAACAGUUUGGCUCAGGAUAGUCUUUUUUGCGUUUGCGGGACCAUGGUGUAAGUUAGGACCAGAGAACGUCUGUUUGUACUGUCUUUCUGUAUGCACUUCACUCUAUUGCAGUCUGGCUCCGUGGGGGCGUUGGCUUUGAUAGUAUUUUGGACAAGGAACACAUUGUGCAUUUGGAUAAAGCAUGACUUUGCUUUUUAAUCUGGGUUUUGACUGAGUGUUGAACUGGAAAAUCUAACCCUUGCUUUAAAGAAAAAACCUGUUUACGACCUGACUGCUUGUCUAACCUUUGUUAGUAACAUUUCUUUUGUAAAUGCUGGUAGAAAGUAUUAAUGCUGUUUUAUUUGUUCUAAUACGAGUGUACUUUUGUUCAUUUCAGCAUGUAUGCCAAUAAAUGUUGUUCAGUCGUAAUGUUAUUAUUGCGUAAACAUGCACAACCUAAUGAUUCAUUAUAUAAAUGAUAUAUGAAUAUACAAGGAAUUUUGUGUACUUUGUAAAACAAUUAAAAAUCAAUAAAUUUGAAUUUCAUCCUUUUUUGAGGAUUGGACGGACAGUGUUGGGUGGCGUCGUGUGCCGUUUCUUAACCGAACAGGCAAUUCAGUCAUGAGCUGCUAAACGCUGCUUUGCUUUAGGAGGGCGGGCCGCUGUGUGUGACUACAUGCUCCUGUACUAACUGCAUGACCUUCUGCUCUGUCUUCCACUCAUCUUUCUAGCUGUUAUUUUUUCCUGUCUUCAAUCUUUUCACCAAAUAACCUUGUCUUGUCGUUUACUUGUCUAUCGUAACAGUGUAAAGGCAGAGCCAACUGUUACCAUAUCACUGUCAGCUGAGUCAGUAAUUAAGCAGGAUGACAGCUACUUUGAUAAUGACAAUACAUAUUGUAGUGUGGGUGUAGGCAACGUGACACAGGGCAUGCAUUUAUUAAUCUGGUUUAUAUCUCAACAUGUUUCACUGCGUUGUUCGUCACUUGAGAAAUGUUGGUUGCUGAUAGAAAUAUGCCAUGUUGAACAGACGUAGGUCUGUCCCACAUUUCUCCUAUGUUGUCCCAUGACCAUGCACCCUAAUAAACCACAGCUUUCACAGUACAGCAUGUUCUAGAUUUUGCAAGAUGUUGCAACGUCUUCGCUUUAUCCACUGCUUUCUGUGAGUUUUUGUAAUGAACUCUUCAACAUUCAUCCAUCUGAUGGUUGCACAUGGGAAUGUACAUCCAUGUCUGUCCAGAUCCAUGCAUGGAAGUCCAUUGGAGUGUUUCUCAUUAAAGCCAGUGUCAACUGUAAAGGGGCAACUGGUACUUCUAACACCUCGUC